AUGCGUUCUGAAGAUGAAAACAAGCAGAAGCAUACUGCAGAUGAAAAUAGUCAUGAGAUCACUGCAUUCAGCCAAGAUCAUGAAUCUGAAGGCAAACACAAGGAAAAGAAGAAGAAACCAGAAAAGCCUAAGAUGGUCAGCCCAUUUACACUGUUUCGCUACUCCAGUUGGUCGGAUAAAUUACUAAUGAUACUAGGCACUCUCCUGGCAAUAGCCCAUGGAAGCAGUCUUCCUAUUGCGAUGAUAAUUUUUGGUGAUAUGACUGAUAGCUUUGUUAAUUUUGGAGACACAAAUUUUACAGAAAACAUUACAGCAAUGAAUUCCUCCUUAGAUCUCGGCAAGCUGGAAGAAGAUAUGACAAGAUAUGCAUACUACUAUUCUGCAAUAGCAGCUGGUGUUCUUCUUGCUGCUUAUGUGCAAACUUCAUUUUGGACCCUAGCAGCAGGCCGGCAAAUAAAAAAAAUUAGAGAAAAUUUCUUUCAUGCGAUUAUGAGACAGGAAAUUGGAUGGUUUGAUGUAAAUGAUGUCGGAGAACUUAACACUCGUCUUCUAGACGAUGUCUCCAAGAUUAAUGAAGGAAUAGGUGACAAAAUUGGAUUGCUUGUUCAAGCACUAACAACAUUUAUAACAGGAUUUAUUGUUGGUCUCAUAAGAGGAUGGAAAUUAACCCUUGUAAUACUAGCAGUCAGUCCUGUACUGGGACUUUCAGCAGCCAUCUGGGCAAAGGUUCUCUCUGCUUUCACUGACAAAGAGCAAGCUGCAUAUGCAAAAGCAGGUGCUGUUGCAGAGGAAGUUCUGGCAGCAGUCCGUACUGUAAUAGCUUUUGGAGGACAGGAGAAAGAAAUUAAAAGAUACUAUAAAAAUUUAGAAGAUGCUAAACGGAUUGGAAUAAAAAAGGCUAUUACAUCUAAUAUUUCUAUGGGUGCUGCUUUCUUACUGAUAUAUGCAUCAUAUGCACUGGCCUUCUGGUAUGGAACUACCUUGGUUAUAGCUGAUGAUUACACUAUUGGCAAUGUUCUUACAGUCUUUUUCUCUGUGUUGAUUGGAGCUUUCAGUAUUGGUCAGACUGCUCCAAGUAUAGAGGCAUUUGCUAGUGCAAGAGGAGCUGCCUAUGCGAUCUUUAAUAUCAUAGACAAUGAACCUCAAAUUGACAGUUAUUCAGAGACAGGUUACAAACCAGACCACAUUAAAGGGAACGUGGAAUUCCAAAAUGUUUACUUCAAUUAUCCAUCCAGACCAGAUGUUGAGAUACUGAAGGGCUUGAAUCUCAAGAUUAGUUGUGGCCAGACAGUGGCGCUGGUUGGUGGCAGUGGCUGUGGGAAAAGUACAACUGUUCAGCUCAUCCAGAGAUUUUACGAUCCCAAGGAAGGCACGGUGACCAUUGAUGGGCAGGAUAUUAAGACCUUAAACGUAAGAUACCUGCGGGAGAUUAUUGGUGUGGUGAACCAGGAGCCCGUGCUCUUUGCUACUACCAUUGCAGAAAAUAUUCGUUAUGGCCGUGAGGACGUCACCAUGGAAGAGAUUGAAAAAGCUACCAAGGAAGCGAAUGCUUAUGACUUCAUCAUGAAGCUACCCAAUAAGUUUGAAACCGUGGUUGGAGAAAGAGGGGCCCAGCUGAGUGGAGGCCAGAAGCAAAGAAUCGCAAUUGCUCGAGCUCUGGUUCGCAAUCCUAAAAUUCUUCUGCUUGACGAGGCAACGUCAGCUUUGGAUACUGAGAGUGAAUCAGUUGUGCAGGCAGCACUGGACAAGGCAAGAGAAGGACGGACCACAGUAGUAGUAGCUCAUCGACUGUCAACAGUCCGAAAUGCAGAUCUUAUAGCUGUGUUCGAAGGCGGAGUUAUCACAGAACAAGGGAAUCAUUUUAAAUUGCUUGAGAGAAAGGGAAUCUACUACAAACUUGUUAACAUGCAGGCAAUAGAAGCUGAAGCUCCAUCAUCAGAAAAAUAUGAGAAUGCACUUAGUGUCCAAAAAAGUGAAUCUGAACCAGAAUAUGAAGAAUUGAGAGAAGAAUUCAGGAAAGGAUUGAGAAGACGAUCAACUCGGAGCAGCAUGAAAAAGCCGGGAGCACAAAAUGAUGAUACUGAUGAGAAAACUAGUUCACCUGAUGAAGAGUUACCUCCAGCUUCAUUUGUGAAAAUUAUGAAGUUGAACAAAACUGAAUGGCCAUACUUUGUAGCUGGAACUUUAUGUGCAAUUAUCAAUGGAGGUUUACAACCUGCAUUUGCAAUCAUAUUUUCAGAAAUUAUAGGGAUUUUUUCAGAAACUGAUGACAACAUUUUAAGAGAAAAGAGCAACUUAUAUUCAGUGCUGUUUUUAGUACUUGGGAUCAUUUCCUUUUUUACUUUCUUUUUUCAGGGUUUCACAUUUGGCAAAGCUGGAGAAAUUCUUACAAUGAGGCUUCGAUUCAUGGCAUUUAAAGCAAUGCUUAGACAGGACAUGGCCUGGUUUGAUAAUUCUAAAAAUAGCACUGGAGCAUUAACUACAAGACUUGCUAAUGAUGCCUCACAAGUGAAAGGAGCAACUGGUGUCAGACUGGCAUUAAUUGCUCAAAAUAUAGCUAACCUGGGAACUGGAAUUAUUAUAUCAUUAAUUUAUGGCUGGCAGCUGACCCUCCUACUUUUAGCUGUUGUGCCAAUCAUUGCAGUGGCAGGAAUGAUUGAAAUGAAGAUGUUGGCUGGGCAUGCUAAAAAAGAUAAAAAAGAGCUGGAGGCUGCAGGAAAGAUUGCCACAGAGGCCAUAGAAAAUAUUAGAACUGUUGUUGGUCUGACCCGAGAAAGAAAAUUUGAGUUGAUGUAUGGAGAACAUUUGCAUGUACCCUACAGAAAUUCUGUGAAGAAGGCACAUAUAUUUGGAUUUUGUUUUGCCCUUUCACAAGCAAUGAUGUUCUUUACCUACGCCGGCUGUUUCCGGUUUGGUGCAUAUCUAGUGGUAAACGGACACAUGCAGUAUAAAAGUGUGUUUUUAGUGUUUUCAGCUGUGGUAUUUGGUGCAAUGGCAUUAGGACAAAGCAGUUCUUUUGCUCCAGACUACGCCAAAGCCAAGAUAUCGGCAGCCCACUUGUUUCUGCUGUUUGAAAGGGUACCCUCAAUAGAUAGUUACAGUGAGGAAGGAGAGAAGCCUGAAACAUUUGGAGGAAGCAUAAUGAUCAAAGAUGCAGCAUUUAACUACCCAAACCGACCAGAGGUCAAAAUCCUCCAGGGUUUGAAUCUGAAAGUAGAAAAGGGACAAACCCUGGCUCUUGUUGGUAGCAGUGGCUGUGGAAAGAGUACUGUUGUUCAGCUGCUGGAGAGAUUUUAUGAUCCACUUGAUGGAGAAAUGCUUUUUGAUGGCAAAAAUGCAAAGACUCUAAAUAUCCAGUGGCUGAGAGCUCAGAUUGGUAUCGUCUCACAAGAACCAAUCCUGUUUGACUGCACUAUUGCUGAAAACAUCGCAUAUGGAGAUAACAGUCGGCAGGUGUCACAUCAGGAAAUUGUUAAUGCAGCAAAAGAAGCCAACAUUCAUUCCUUCAUUGAGUCUCUGCCAGAUAAAUACAAUACCCGCGUAGGAGACAAGGGAACUCAGCUUUCUGGUGGUCAGAAACAACGUAUUGCUAUUGCCCGAGCUCUUGUACGUCAGCCUCAAAUUCUGCUACUGGAUGAAGCUACGUCUGCCUUAGAUACAGAAAGUGAAAAGAUUGUCCAGGAAGCACUGGAUAAAGCCAGAGAAGGUCGCACCUGCAUUGUGAUAGCUCACCGCCUCUCCACCAUCCAAAAUGCUGACAAGAUUGCCGUGAUCCAGAAUGGCAAGGUCAUAGAGCAAGGGACCCAUCAACAGCUCCUGGCUGAAAAAGGCGUCUACUAUUCUCUGGUCAAUGUUCAAAGUGGAUCAUGCAACAUGUAAAUUAAAGGCAGUACUUAUCUCUGAAUUGUCACUGUAAUUAUUUCAAUACUGCUAU